AUGCCUUGCAUUUCCUCGCGACCAAUAACUCUCCCCAAUUUCAUCUCUCGUCUCCGGGAUCAAGCCAUUGAAACGGCCGAAAGAGAGGCGUUGCAGGCCUGGGGCACGACUGCCGUCGAUGCCUGCCUCAGCACGUCUAGCAUACCGCAGUUGGCAUGGGAGGCUGCCCGUCUAUCGGAAGUGCUGGUCCCCAAUGGGUGGAUCAAGCUGCUGCGAAAUCUCGUCAACGCGAUCAUUGUCGGCAGCACAGAUGGCACUUCGCUUUCUCCGGUUCUUCUACGAUCGCUGGCAUUCAUGGUUCGACAGCGAGAGGGCCAGUGGUCGCCGGAGAGCACGGAGAUUCUGGGAGCCCUGUUCUCAAGCCUGAAAGUGCGAUUGGAGCAAGUAGAUAGACUGGGUGGAUCGGUGGAUCGGAAAUAUGAACUGGUCUGCGUGCUAGGGGUGGUGAUCGACGCCAUGGUCGACAUCGGCGUGUCGGAUAUCAGCCACGAACGAUUAUACAAGCCGUUGAUUGCCCUGCUCGAUGGCUUCAGUCACGAUCGUGACCUUCAUGUGGCCCAGGCUGCCGCCUACACCGGACAAGCCUUGCGGGGGAUCCAGGAUGAUGAUACCGUCGGCAAAGCAUCCUUGCGGGGGCUGCUGCGGGCCAUCGACCUCGCAAUGGCCGUUUCCGGCGCGGUCUCCUCUGUGGAUCCGAGCAAAAUCUGGGAGGCAGUCAAGUCUGGCAUAGAUGGAGCUUCGCGACUCCGAGACUUCACCUGGGACAUGUUCAAGAAGCGGACGGGGAAGUCUUGGUAUACCGCCCUACGAGCGACCAGUAUCCUCAUACACACCCGGUCCUGGGAUGAGCUGAGCAAUUUCAUCCAACAGGCAGAAUGUAGAGCCAACAAGGACUUUCUUUGCGGCUUGUAUGCCCAACUGGAUCUCAUCAGCCAGCUUGUCCCUCCGGAUCAGAUACAACACAUCUAUAAGAGCAUUCCCGAAAGCAAGUAUGACCGUGUUCAAGCCUGGAAAAUGCACACUGUUUGUGCGAUCAAGGAACAAACCACCCCCCCUGAGCAAAAACUAGCCAGUACACUUAAGAGAACGAAAAUAUACGAUUGGUCACUCAAAUCCUGCGGAUGGGAGGACGUCAGACAUGACCUUUCUGAUAACGGCAGCGCCCUCCUCGAUGAUUCCUACCGGAAAUGCAUGCCGGCUCGAGAAUAUUACACCAUGAAUGCUUUGUUGGAGUUUUACUCUCAGGACGAUGAUAAAAGACUGCAGAUCCAGCGUCUAUCUGGGGCUAGACUCCCUAUGAAUCACUGUUACAUCAACCUCAACGUCGUGGACUCCGAUCAAGGCGAUGAGGUGCCGCUGGAAAGCCUGUUUGACUAUAGGGAACAAGGUGGCAGGAAUAUCCGGCCGAAAAAAAUUUUCAUUGAAGGACAGGCAGGUGUUGGCAAAACCACGCUUUGCAAGAAAGUCGUUCACGAUUUUUUGUAUCGAAAUCUGUGGUCCGAUUGCUUCGACUGGAUUUUGUGGCUGCCACUGCGACAUCUCAAGGGUAAACAUGCCGAUUCUUAUUCCAUUAAAGACCUAUUUCACCACGAGUACUUCUCCCAGCACCAGGAUUCGGAGCUCUUGGCAGACACCUUGGGUUCAAUCGUAGCCCGGAAUAGCGCUCGGGUGCUCUGGCUGUUGGAUGGCCUAGAUGAAAUCUCCCAAGACUGGGAUGCCGAUUCACCUAUGGGCCGCUUUUUGCAAACUCUGUUCAAGCAGCCUCAAACCAUUAUCAGUUCACGUCCAUAA